UCCUAGGAUGGGAUAUAAAAGUCCCUUCCCAGCUACUUUCAGAGAAGAGCAGGGGCAGGGGAGAGGUCAGCUUGGGGCCCCCCAGGUGAGAAGGGAGCAGGACAUGGGUGUCGCUCAUUGCUGUGCUGUAGCUAGGGGUCACACUGUGGAGAUGAAGCUGCUCCUGGCCUUGGCAGGGGUCCUAGUCACACUCAUCCUGGCCCAGCCCUGUGAGGGCACUGCCCCAGCUUCCCCCAGGGCAGUGGAGACCUCAGUCCUUCAGGGAUGUAUAACAGAGGCCAAGUUGCUGGUGGAUGCCGCCUACAAUGAGACUCAGAAGAGCAUCAAGCAGCGCCUUCGCAGUGGCUUGGCCAGCCCCACGGACCUCCUGUUCUACUUCAAACAGCCGGUAGCGGCCACCAGGACAGCUGUUCAGGCCGCCGAUUAUAUGCAUGUGGCCUUGGGGCUGCUGGAGGAGAAGUUACAACUCCAGGGAUCCAGCUCCUUCAAUGUCACUGAUGCGCUAACAGAACCCCAGCUGUGGCUGUUGUCCAAGGCCAGUGGCUGUGCUGUCCAGGCCCAGGCGGAGAAGUGCAGUAACAAGUACCGCACCAUCACUGGGAGAUGCAACAACAAGAAGAGACCCUGGCUGGGGUCCUCCAACCUGGCCCUGGCUCGCUGGCUGCCAGCCGAGUAUGAGGACCGGCUAUCGCUACCUUUCGGCUGGACCCCUGGCAAGAGGCGCAAUGGCUUCCUCCUCCCCCUUGUCCGGGCUGUUUCCAACCAGAUCGUCCGCUUCCCCAGGGAGAGGCUGGCCUCCGACCAGGGCCGCGCCCUCAUGUUCAUGCAGUGGGGCCAGUUCAUUGACCAUGACUUGGAUUUCACCCCUGAGUCCCCGGCCAGAGUGGCCUUCACUGCAGGUGUCGACUGUGAGAAGACGUGUGAACAGCUGCCCCCCUGCUUUCCCAUCAAGAUUCCGCCCAAUGACCCCCGAAUCAAGAACCAGCGCGACUGCAUCCCCUUCUUCCGCUCGGCACCCUCAUGCUCACAAAACAGGAACAACGUCCGAAACCAGAUCAACGCGCUCACCUCUUUCUUGGACGCCAGCAUGGUGUACGGCAGUGAGGUCUCCCUCGCUCACCGGCUCCGCAACAAGACCAACUACCUAGGGCUGCUGGCUGUCAACCAACGUUUCAGCGACAACGGCCGGGCUCUGCUGCCCUUCGACAACCUGCACGAGGACCCCUGCCUCCUCACCAACCGCUCUGCGCGCAUCCCCUGCUUCCUGGCAGGUGACAGCCGAUCAAGCGAAACCCCCAAACUGGCAGCCGUUCAUACCCUUUUUAUGCGAGAGCACAACCGGCUGGCUACGGAGCUGAGACGCCUGAAUCCCACCUGGACCGGAGACAAGCUAUACGAGGAGGCUCGGAAGAUUGUGGGGGCCAUGGUCCAGAUCAUCACCUACCGAGACUACCUGCCCCUGGUUCUGGGCAAGGCCCGGGCCAGGAGAACCCUGGGGCGCUACCAGGGGUACUGUUCCAAAGUGGAUCCUCGCGUGGCCAACGUCUUCACCCUGGCCUUCCGCUUUGGCCACACCAUGCUCCAGCCCUUCAUGUUCCGCUUGGACAGCCAGUACCGGGCCUCAGCGCCCAACUCGCAUGUUCCACUGAGCUCCGUCUUCUUUGCCAGUUGGAGAAUUGUGCACGAAGGGGGCAUCGACCCCAUCCUCCGAGGUCUCAUGGCCACCCCUGCCAAGCUGAACCGUCAGGAUUCCAUGGUUGUGGAUGAGCUCCGGGACGAGCUGUUUCGGCAAGUGAGAAGGAUCGGUCUGGACCUGGCGGCUCUCAACAUGCAACGUAGCCGGGACCAUGGCCUCCCAGGGUACAAUGCUUGGCGGCGCUUCUGUGGACUCUCCCAGCCCCGGAAUCUGGCACAGCUUAGCCAAGUGCUGAAAAACCAGGAUUUAGCAAGGAAGUUUCUGAAUCUGUACGGGACACCUGACAACAUCGACAUCUGGAUUGGGGCCAUUGCAGAGCCUCUUUUGCCAGGGGCCCGAGUAGGGCCUCUUCUGGCUUGUCUUUUUGAGAACCAGUUCAGAAGAGCCCGAAAUGGAGACCGGUUCUGGUGGCAGAAAAGGGGUGUUUUCACCAAGAGACAGCGCAAGGCCCUGAGAAAGAUUUCCUUGUCUCGAAUUGUGUGUGACAAUACCGGUAUCAUCACCGUUCCGAGGGACAUCUUCAGGGCCAACACAUACCCACGGGGCUUUGUGUGCUGUACCUCCAUCCCCAGGUUGAACCUGUCAGCCUGGCGAGAAAAAUGAGGCUUCUGCAGGAGUCCAUCUCAAGCCUCUGACCUUGGAGACCAGGGAACCUGGGGGAGGCCGCAGGCUACCCUUUCCCCCUGGAACAACCAUGUCCUGCUGAUGCUUUUGCUCACUACAGCUCAGAGCUGGUUCUUUGGCUGGGAGUGAUAGCUAGGGCGCCCAAGCAGUGAACCCACCGGCGUUGGAAGCCAAGCAAGGUCACGGGGCCCACACAAGAAGUCACCUGCAGGGUUCCCAGACACUUUCUUCUAUUUCCCAGACCAUCCCUGAUCCCCACCCACGACGUGGAGACCACACAGUGCCCGCCUCUAGCCACCCCAUAAUUCUCCUCGGGGGCCUGCAGGCUAGGCAACAUGCCCCGCAUCUGCCAAUAAAGCCCUGCUGAGGGCAGGAGCCAGGUGUUGGGCUGCGGAGGACGCGACUGCAGUCCCAUACUUUGCUGCAGAUGUUUAAGAGGAGUGCUACUAAGACACAGUUGGCACUAACCUCUAAGCCUCUCCUAUGGGUUGAGUUAAGAAAAUCGAAAGAAAUACUCUGGAGUAAAGGGGAAGGAACCCCAGCAGUGCCAGGGACCCCAGCACUAAGGAGAGUACCUCAACCAAACCAGCGACCUGAGCAAAGAAACAGCCGACAGAACAUGAGUCAGUAUAAAAAGCUUUUAUGUACAAAACACAAUAAAAGAUACCACCCAGCUAGCA